CCGGGGCGGGGCCCGCGCAGGUCUGGUCGGCACGGCAGCGCGGCGCUGUGCGGAAAAGAUGGCGGCCUCCAGCUGGGCCCGCACGGCGGUGGUCCUGCUUUGUGCCUCUGACCUGCUGCUGCUGCUCCUGCUGCUGCCGCCGCCUGGGGCCUACGCGGCUGAGGAUUCGGCCCGGACGCCUGGAAAAGCUACUCCACCUCCCCGGAAGAAGAAGGAUAUUCGCGAUUACAAUGAUGCGGACAUGGCGCGUCUUCUGGAACAGUGGGAGAAAGAUGAUGACAUAGAAGAAGGAGAUCUUCCAGAGCACAAGAGACCCUCAGCUCCUGUCGACUUCUCAAAAAUUGACCCAGGCAAGCCUGAAAGUAUAUUGAAAAUGACAAAAAAAGGGAAGACUCUGAUGAUGUUUGUCACCGUAUCAGGAGACCCCACUGAGAAGGAGACGGAGGAAAUCACGAGCCUCUGGCAGGGCAGUCUUUUCAAUGCCAACUAUGAUGUCCAGAGGUUCAUCGUGGGGUCAGACCGUGCCAUCUUCAUGCUUCGUGAUGGGAGCUAUGCCUGGGAGAUCAAGGACUUCCUGGUCAGUCAAGACAGGUGUGCUGAUGUCACUCUUGAGGGCCAGGUGUACCCUGGUAAAAGAGGAGGAAGCAAAGAGAAAAAUAAAACGAAGCAAGACAAGACCAAAAAGAAGAAGGAAGGAGAUUCAAAAUCUCAGGCAUCCAAAGACAACAACCGGGCUGGGAAGAAAAGAGAAGACCUGUGAUGGUAGCUGUGGCCCCUGCAGGGACAGGCAGACACGAGACUCUCAGCCGUGCUUGUGGCGGGUGAGGCCUGCUCACUGAUGACAUUCUGGCUUCUCCUAGAAAGAGUAUGCCACAUGACCACCUUGUGGUCAGUAUAAGAAUUAUCAUCUAAAGACUUCAAAUAAGAAGACAGGUUUUCUGAUUAACGUUGGACCCUGGCAAAUUCACUUUUUCUAAGAAACCAUCUUACGUGGAGACUAUACUGCCUUCCCGUUUUUACUCGGUGAGUCCAGAAGCCAAUCUGUACUGAGGCUCCACUCUCUUCUCCACACUCCUGAUCGGAUGGCCUGCGUGUCCCUGCUUUUUAUUAUCUGUUAACUAGAAGGAUAGCAGAUUCUAAUCGGAUCAGUUUUUAAGACUCUUAACUCAGUGGAAUCAGAUUCUUCUUGUUGCAUCCAUUAUUUUCACUGCUGUGAGGGGACAACUAUGCUGCGAUUGCUCUGCAAGGAGCUCUGGUGUCUGAAUAUCCAAUCAGGAAGCCAGUGUGUAUAGAUUCAAAACCUGCAGGAAAUGCGGAGACAAGAUGUGUCACCUGGGAAUCCUGAGGAGUUACUUUGAAUUCCUUUGACUUGAAUCUCACUCGUCAGAGUCCAUCAGACUUUAUGUGGCCUGUGAAGUUAGCGGUUCUGUUUUCCGUACUUAGGAAAGAGCCAUGCUGGUGCCAAGAGUGCAUAUGUUCCAUUUAACAUGACAGUUUUAAAGUAUAUAAAUAGGGAAUCAGCAGGGUCCUUCACAGGUGACUCAAUAACCUCAUUUAUGUCUAAACAUUUUUUUUGAUGAAGUGCCUAAAUUCGUGAUGCUCCGUAUGGUACUCAGCAGCUACUGUUACUGUCUGAUAUUACUAUUCAUAUGUUGGAGCCCACUAUGAGUAAGAACUAGAACAUUUAUACACAGUCAUUUUUCAUAACUAAAAUUCUUUGGAAAUGC